AAUGUCGCCGCCCUGGUUCGGGUUGUGGACGAGUCUGCGCGGGCUACGAGCGAGGAGAGGGGGGAGAUAUGCUCUGUCGCCCCGCGUAUCAAAUGUAAAAAUGUCUGGGUCCUCUGGAAGAUUGCCAGGUUUGUCAUGCACAUUUUGCAUGACUCCUGACGUCUGUGAUGCAUGCCCUAGCAUCACAGAUUUUGUGAGGGCUUCCUGAUGCCUAUACCCCAUGACAAAUGCUCUUUCCGUGUAGCAAAACUUGGACUCUCUUUGCUGCUCAUGCAAUACAGAUUUUUUUAGAAUCCAAAAGCAGCAAGACAAGUUGGAUUCUUCCAGACCCAGACAUUUUUACAGUUGAUACCGCGCCCUGGACGAUGUUAUCAAACGCAAAUUCUUUGUGUUGCCAUCUGUCGAUCUGGUUUAGAGUUGUAGUUGUCAUGCUAGUAUUUUUAAAGCGUUAUGUAGUUGCAUGAGGAUGAACAGACCUCCACAGAAGUAAGUAGGCAGCCAAUCAACAUGGGAUGUUGUUCGUUCUUGGGGAGCUCUGUAUGAAGAUUUUUGCGUGUAGUUGUUCCGCAUCAGAAAGUGCAGUUUUGCAAAAUGCAAACAUCAACCGAUAUUAUUAAACCUCUUUGUUCAACAACAUCGCAGCCUGCAUGCGUGCAUGACAAACUCUACAGGCACCAUGAUGUCCUCCAUAAUCUCGACGAGCAUUACAACGUUGCACUCGUUAUGGAUGUGUCAGGAUCGAAAUCGACAAAGUCGAAAAAUUUGUGAUGCAUAAAAUGUAGGGCACUGAAGGCUUGUAUUGGGGAGCAGGCAAAUGAGGCCGAUUGUAAGCCUGUUGAAGGGUAUGCAAUGCGCUGCCAGAGUAGCAUGACAGGAGGAGUCUUCUUUGCCCAAACAGCAUGACAGGCUGCAUUUCGGCUCUACCCAAAUUUGUCAUGCGCCACUUGGAAACUGAUCCUCCAACUGACAUCGAUAUUGUGCAGCACAAAUUUUUCGACUUUGUCAAUUUCGACUCUGACACUUCCAUACUCGUCCAGAUCCACCCCAGAUCGAUGUUUUUGCAUUCCAUAGGCGUCGGUCUUGGGCUAUCAAAAGGAAAAAUCCCCCCUCCCCAUAUCCAAACGAGAUUUCUGAUGCUGGAUUUGCGUACACAGAUGGGGUCUGUUUUGCUGUAAGGAAUUAUUAUGGCCAGGUUCUUAGGCUGUUUAGGAGCGCACGGGUCUAGCUGUAUAGCAUGGGAAAGGCCUGCCCUGUAGGCCAACCAGCAUGACAAAUCGCACCCAUAAUGCGGCUCAUCCCUCAGCGCUUGCCUUCUUGCAAGACAAAAAUGAUUUGGGACCCGGAAUAUGCUCAAGUGCCAACAGGGCGAGAGUCCUGCAAGACCGGGCGACGUAAGUAAGUGCAGACGGGAAAAACGCCAAAGAUACCCGCGCCUUCUGCUUAACUGUGUGAAAUAUUGUGUCGGCCCGGUUCUGCUCAGACAGGCUGGAUCCCGUAGAUCAGAUUUCACAUGUUAAGUAACGCACACCGGCCUCCUAGCAAAAAACUAAUGAAUGACGUGGGAGCGCAUUUUUAAGCACAACGGGCGGGUGUCGUUCCCGCCGUCACACAAUGCCAUACAAUACAAUACAAUACAAUACAAUGAGAAAGAGGGCCUAAUCAAAAAAAAAAAAAUUUGGGACCACAACUCUGCAUCACAAAUUCUCCGAAGGAUGCUUUUUCAAUAUGGGGAGGGGGGAUUUUUCCUUACGAUAUGGGGAACGAAUCACCAUCAAUCCCGUGUCGAGCGCGUGGUGGUCUUUUGUUGAACAAGGGGUCAAACUACAGGGUUUAUCCUAUUUAAAACCGGCGCCCACACGACCCCAUAGUCAACAUGAGAAGCACUUUCUAGUCAUGUUUCGGAAUUUAUGAUGCUCGAAUUUCACAAUGAUGUAAUGCUAGAUCUGUAAUGCUGCUGAACUAUAGCUAAGUCGAGGAUUAUUACGCCACGAGGCCAAACCUGUCAUGCGCAACAAGAACCAAAGCGUGCUGAUUUGUCUAGCAGAUUUAUUCCCAUCUUGUGAAGAGUAGGGGGUGUGGGGGGCCCCGUUUUUGCUCGGGAUAGGGCUCUAGUACUUCGCGUUAUUCCGGCGCGGAGAUCAUCCGCAGCAGGACCGCUACUACGCCAGAGGAGCAGGAGGAGAGCAGCGGGGCGCCGAAUUUCUAUGGAGUAGCACAACAAAGUAAACAAGAAGUCUUCCGCCCAGGCGCCGCCGGGGGGGCCUCUAGUACCUCGCCGAGCAGCCCUGCUUACGUGGUCUUUCAGGGCGGCUGCGAGGACAGUUCUCCGCCAGAGGUGGUGAUGACCAAUGGAGGUCAGGGAGCGGCGCAAGAUAGGCAACUUGUUGUUCCCGAGAAGUGGUCGUUGCCUAUGCCUAUCUUGCAGACGUGGCUUUGUGAGGGCUUGUUAGGGCGCCGGCGGCGCACCAUGGUGAUGGUGAAAGAUCCAGUAUGGGACGAUUCCAUUCGACGCGAUGUUGCGCCCUUUCGCGCGGAAUUUUUCCCGCACCUUCUUUUCCUGACCCAGUGGGAUAUGUUUUACGUGGCUGUUGAACCCGAUCUGGAAGGCAAGUUGACGUCCCUACGGGCCUAUCAAAUGCAAAAAUGUCUGGGUCUGGAAGUGAUUUCUAGCUUUGUCAUGCAUAUUUUCCAUGAGCCAUGAUGUCUGUGAUGCAUGCCGUAGCACAUGUUGCAUCACAGAUCUUUAGAGGGCUUUGUCAUACCUCGACCGCAUGAGAAAUGCCCUCUCCACGUAGGACAAACCCGACCCCUCUUGCUGGUCAUGCAAUACAAUUUUCUUUAGAAUCCACAGACAGCAUCACAAGUUGCGACCUGUUAUAGACCCAGAUCGAUUUUUGCAUUUGAUAGGGCCUCGAGCGACCCGGCGCCUCCGCCUUCUGACCCUUCUUUGAUAGGGACUCGGGCCGCUGCGCUUUCGAAACGGAUGGUACCCGAUGACGAGGUACUGGGGCAAGUCGCCGUCAAACUUCAAGAGGAACGCUUAGCCGAGUCUUUGUGGCGGGUGAACUUAUGAACUGCAAAAGUAUCGUACUCGUAUAAAUGCAUUGCAAAUUUCUCAGCAUGAGAAAUAAAAUUUGUAAUGCUGAUCUGCCUCAAGAAAAAGAUUUGUAAUGCAUGAUCGCAAUACGAGUACGAUACUUUUGCACAGGAUAGAACUACCGCCGGAACAAUGGGGGAAAAAUCGGUGUACUAUCGGGAGAAGAAGUAUGGAAGCGUCAGGAUUGAAAAUGAAAUCGUCAAAGUUGAAAUAACUUGUAAUGCAUAAAAGCGAAACCAAUUAGACCCACAGUUUCUAGUCGGCGCAUCACAAAUUUUGUCCGUACGGGAGGCCAAUUUGUCAUGCUGUUUAGGGCAAAGGGGCUCCCCUCUGUGAUGCUAAUCAGCAGCCCAAUUCUCGACCCUUGCCAGCACUACAAUCUGCCUCCCUUGCGUCCUCUGCAGUAGAGGCAAUUUCUGCGUUGCACUUUAUGCAUGACAAACAAUUUCAACUCUGACGAUUUCGAUCCUGACACAACCAUAAAAAAGCACUGCACGCGGCGACUCGUCGACGAGGACAUCACCCCCCGGGCAAAAAUCAUAUUUUACCGGCACCUAUCCUGCGCAAAAGUAUCGUAUUCGUAUAAAUGCAAGUCUUGCAUUACAAAUAUUUUUCUUGAGGUAAAUCCGCACUACAAAUUUUAUUUCUCAUGCUGGGAAAAUUUAUAUUAAUGCAUUUAUACGAGUGCGAUACUUUUGCAAUUUAUAGCACCGGGCUAGUCGACGGGUGGGGCCGCGAGGUUUUGUUUCUGCUGCGCACAGUGUCCGGCGAGAUGUUGCAGUACCUACAAUAUCAAAAUGAAAAAUCCCCCCUCCCCAUGUCGAAAACGAGACUUGUGUUGCUGUAUUUGAGUACACAAAUCGCAUUUGUCUUGCAGUAAAGGACUGCACGCAGAUCGUAAGUCUCAGGGGAGGCCCUUUGGUGUAGGGGCCUAGCAUGGCAGACGUCUGCCCUAUAGGCCUUCAGGCAUUACAAACCGCCUGCAUAUCGUGGCGAAGUCUCUGAAUUUGCCCUCCUGCAUGAGGGGCAGGAUUUGUGGUCUCAAAUCAGCAUCACAAAUUUUUAGAAACGUACCUUUUCAAUAUGGGGAGGGGGGAUUUUUCCUUACGAUAUACAAACCGCUCACGACCGGCGAGCAAGGCGUGGUGGAGGUCGUGCAGCUUAUUGGAAGGAAAAACUCCCCCUCCCCAUAUCGAAAAGGUACGGGUCCGAAAAUUUGUGUUGCUGAUUUGAGGGCACAAAUCAGGUCUGUCUUGCAAGAAGACAAGCGCAGAGGCUUCCGCGCCAUUAUGGAAGCGAUUUGGCAUGCUGUUGCGACUCGGGGACAGCCGUUUGCAAUGCUCAGCAACUAGACCCAGCGCCCCUACCUAGGCCGAGGAUCUGGCUGCAGUGCUUUACUGCAAGACAAAUCGGAUUGGUCUACGCAAAUCCAGCAUCAGAAAUUUCGUUUUGAUAUGGGGAGGGGGGAUUUUUCCUUUUGAUACAGCUAGUCCUACAACCAGCACUCCCUCCGAGUCGAUAUCUUGGCACUUUUCGGACUUGUAUCAAAUUUAAAAGUGUCUGGGUCUGGAAGAAUGCAACUUGUCAUGCUAAAUCUGAAGCAUGCAAUAAAAAUCUGUGUUGCAUGAUUACCAAAAGUCGUCCAGUUUUGACCAAGUCGGGGGGGAGUUUCUCAUGCAGGAUAGGAAUGAGAGAGAUUGCACAGAAUCUGUCGUGCUAGGUCCUGCAUUCCAGGCGUCAUGGGUCAUGGAAAAGCUGCACGACAAAUCGCGCAUUCUUCCAGACCCAGACAUUUUUACAUUUGAUAACUUGCGCCGCCCCACAACGUCAAGUUCCUCCUUUCGACACCGGCCCGCAACGUUCAGCCCCGGCUUUCUGGAGCGAGCUGCCAGGGAAACAAGCCAAAACGCUGCGGUGGCACAGCUGGUAGACGUGAAACAGAAUCAAACCAGUAUCAAAUGCAAAUAUGUUGUCUGGGUCCUCUGGGAGAUUUUUGCGAGAGGUGUCAUGCUAGUCUGCCAUGACUCUGAGCUCUGUAAUAUUGCGUGGCCGCGAAGAGCUCCUCUUGCCUGUCAUGCAAAAACGCAGUUUCUAAUGCGGAGAACGCGCCUCAGAACCGCGGCAAAACUUGUCAUGCUGGGCAAUGCAUUGCAGUGUUUUCACUAUUCCCUCUCUCGCAUCACAAGUUUCCAGAGGACCCAGACAUAUUUGCAAUUCAUAAGCAGGUACGGAAUCCAACUGACAUACCAACGCAACGAGCCACGGCGGCUUUUUUCGACCGAAGUAUCAAGUGCAAAAGUGUCUGGGUCUGGAAGGUGGUAACUUGUGAUGCUAAAUCUGAAUCAUGCUAAAAUCUGUGUUGCAUGAGUGCAGCCAACAGCUGUCCACUUUGGAGCAAGUUGGGAGGGGAUUCCUCAUGCAGGAUAGGCAUGACAGAGACCACCUCGCAGAGUUUGUCAUGCUAGGUCCGGCAUUCCAGACCUCAUGGGUCAUGGAAAAUCUGCAUGGAAAGUUGCAGCCUUCCAGACAUCCAGGGAUAUUUGCAUUUUAUACGAUCAUGCACGUUUUCGCACAAGCGGCUACACCGGCAACGCCACGGAGCGGCUGACCCUAGAUAUUGUGAGGAAAAAUCCCCCCUCCCCAUAUCAAAAAGGCACGACUCGGAAAAUUUGCCAUGCUGAUUUGUGACCAUAAAUCGCCUCUGUCUUGCAAGAAGGCAACCGCACAGGCCCCGCGGCAUUAUGUAGGCGGUUUGUGAUGCUAUUGGGCCUGCAGCAUAGACGUUUUUCAUGCUAAACACCUAGGCCAACACCUCCCGACUCGGGCUUGAUAUGGGCCUGCAGUCCUCUAUUGCAAGAGAGAUCCGAUUUGUGUAAGCAAAUUCAGCGUCAGAAACUUCGUUUCGAUAUGGGGAGGGGGGAUUUUUCAUUUUGAUACUAGAAUUGGAGUUCUUGUUGGUGCCCCGCAUUGCAGCUUCUGAUGUGCUCCCGGCUCUACUACCCGGGGGAAUUUUUGAAAGCUCCGCCAGCCGGCUGUGGCUCGAGCGACUGAGACUUGGCCGGGAGCUCUUUGUGAAACCUACGGCGAAAAGCUCUGUAUCGGAUCUGGAGACCACGCAGGCCCGAUUCAAGGAGGGAAAGCCCCUGUCGCCCGUGUGGGUGGAGUUUCUCGCGCCACAGGACGAGGAGUAUCGCAAGGAAAAAUCCCCCCUCCCCAUAUUGAAGAAGUAGGUUUUCGAAAAUUUGUGUUGCUGAUUUGAGGUCACAAAUCACGUUUGUGUUGCAAGAAGACAAGGGCAGCAGCUUCCGUCCCAUUAUGGAGGCGGUUUGUCAUGCUGUUGAGCCAACAUCACGGACGCUUUUCAUGCUAAGUGCCUAAGUCAAAGCCUCUCUACUCCGGCUUGAUAUGGGUCUGCAGUCCUCUCCAGCAAGACAAAUGUGAUUUGUGUACUCAAAUACAGCAACACAAGUUUCGCUUUCGAUAUGGGGAGGGGGCAUUUUUCCUCACAAUAAGGAGCGGGCCAAGCUUUUCCUCCCGCGCCUGCCUGCUCCCGGUUCGUCCCAGGUGGCCAGUGCGGAGGGCGUCGAAGGUAUUCAGGUGAGCGGCUGUGCUGGUGUAACUUUUUAGGCUGAAGGUGCCACGAUCUUAGGCGAACCACUGAAACCACGGCCACCUGGCCGAAGCAUUUAGGCGAAGCAUUUAGGCGAAGCACUUAAGCGUAGGCGCAGCACGACUCAAGCGACGCACUCCUUAGGCGGCGCACUACUUUGGCGACGCAAUACUAACUUCGGCGGCGCACGACUUAGGCGACGCACGACAAAUGCGACGCACGACUUAGGCAACGCACGACCUGGGCAACGCACGACUUAUGCGACGCGCUACUUAAGCAGCGCCCUGCUUCACCGACGUACGACUUAAGCGCCGCCCGGCUUAAGCGAAGCACGACCCAGGGGAAGCGCGCUGAGGUGAAUGAUCACCAAGGGGGAGCAACUCCUGGGCGUGCCACUUAAGCGAAGCACCCACGCGAAAAGCCCAUAGGCCCUUUUGCGCGCCUGCAGCCGGUCGGCCUCGUGUGCGUUUUGGAGUAGUGCUGCCUGCGCGCUAUUUUGUUUUCUUUAUCAUGCAGCCCGGGUCGUGGGUGACGUAGGCGGGUUUUAAAAAGAUUAUUACACCAGCGCAGCUUGCUCAGAUUGCAUAGCAGCCGUCGUCCACGAGCUGUUCAAUACCCGCGACGGCCGCUUCCAGAGCAGCAGCUCCGGAGCAUUGGAAGGGGAAGCAAGUGCCCUACUAGAGCUUGCCGCCGGCAUUGGCCGGUACUACGACGCUUAUCAAAUGCAAAAAUGUCUGGGUCUGGAAGGAUGCAACUUGUGAUGCUGAACUUGGAUUCUACAAAAAUCUGUAUUGCGUGAACAGCAAAAGGGGUCCAGUUUUUGCCACGGCGAGAGGGCAUUUCUCAUGCGGUAUAGGCAUCAGGAAGCCCUCACAAAAUCUGUGAUGCCAGAGCAUGCGUCACAGACUUCAGGAGUCAUGCAAAGUGUGCAUGACAAACCUUGCAUUCUUCCAGACCCAGACAUUUUUGCAUUUGAUAACGCUUCUAGCGGUGCAAUUCUUGACGAAGCCAGCCUGCGGGCCGACCUGCAGCGAGGGUUACUUGGAGUUGAUGCGCCCCUCAUCUCUACAACCGAAGGAGCCAGCACUGAGCCUUCUAACGAUUCUCCCCCGGUGGUCAACAACACAGCGGGUAGUACUCUUACUACCGACGCAAGGGCCGCCGCCCCGGCUGCAAGGACCCCCGCUGCAGAGUCUACAACUUCGCCGCCAGAAACGACAGCCGCAGCAGGAUCCGCUCCGCUAGAAGUAGCGGCAUCUCCACGACCAGGGAGCGGGAACGGACCGCCCCCGCCACAGCCGCAGGGAAGUGCUGGAACGACGUCUUCACAGCUGCUGGGAGCGAGCACGGCUGCUCCUGCAGCGUAUGAUCCUGUUCUUCCCACGGGAACGACCACGCCUCCGCCCACCACAGCGAGGUCAAAAAUAGUACAACCGGAAGAGGACAAAGUAGCACUGACGUGUAUCACGCUUACUGGCGUGCUGGCGUUUGUUUUGUUGCUGGCCGGUAUUGUGGUGACGGUCUUCCUCCUCCGGGCGUGUAAUUAUGGCUCUUCUGAGAGGGCUAUGCAUUGCAAAUAUGUCUGGGUCUGGAAACUUGUAAUGCUAAAAGUGAAUGAGAGCUCUACUGCAAUACGGAGCCAAGCAUGACAAAUUUUUGGGCUCCUUUGUGUUGCGUGUUCCGCAUGGCAAACUGCGUUUUUGCAUGACAGUUAAGAAGACAGCUUCGUGCCCAUGCAUCACAGAUUCUUGAGUCAUGUCAGACAUGCAUGACACGUUAGCAAUCUUCCAGACCCAGACAUUUUUGCAUUCCAUAAAGGCGGAGAACGAGGUAAAAAACCAAACGACCGCCGACGUGGACCUAUCCUGAGUAUUAUUUCUAAAGCGCCCCACCCCGAUUGGCAAAAAUCGGAAUUCUGCUUUAGUCAGGCUCAGGGAUUCUCGGUGCUGCGCAUGACAAAUUUGGGCUCGUAAGUAGAAUGUACUCAUGUUGAAAAAUAUUGCCGCCGCGAUUCUUCUACGAAUUUUAUUUCCAACUUGUCAUUAGAAGCUACUGGUGCCCAUGAAGUCCUUAGGGCUGCUGGUGCGCAUGAGAACUAACAUUUUGGGCAUGCAGACUUGAUGCAUGACCACACAAGUCGGGUUUAAAAUUCGGGGGCGUUUUUACAUAGGACAUCCCCCCUCGGGCAGCACGACGAAAAUUACUACCCGGAGGAGCCCUCGUAUCACAGGAAAAAAGUGUUACAGCUACACAUUUGUAUGUAAUUUCAGCAUCACAAAUUUGCUCUGCAUGCAAAAGAAAACUUGUAGUGCGCAGACUACAAGGGAAAACACGAAUGAAAUGACGCUGGUAAGCGUUUCCUGCAUGACAGAGGUUGUCUGUCUUGCUGGUCUUGCAUCUGAGUGUGCAACCGUAAACACUUUUUUCUCACGAUACCUCGAGCACGCUCAGCGCCGACCACGGCACGCUCUGGAAAUAGUACUCGGGACCACCGCGCUAUCAAAUGUAAAAAUGUCUGGGUCUGGAAGAGUCAUGCUGUUUCUGCAUGACACAGAAGGUCUGGCAUGGAAGCUCUAGCAUCACAGGCUUCGAGAAGCCUCCGCCAUGCCGAAUCCGCAUGACAAAUCCCUGACUUUGGUGACAGAAAGUGGGAAAGUUUGCUGCCUAUGCAUGAGAGAUUUUUCUGUGUUCUGAAAUGUGCAUCACAAGUUUGUACCCUUCCAGACCCAGACAUUUUUACAUUUGAUACGCGCAGCGGCCCCGCAACGAGAAAGAACCGCCAGCGCCCAGCGGAGACUCGUGGCGGCAAGCAUUCUGCCAAAAACUUCUGUAGGAUCGGGGAGGAAAGCGGACAAGAUCCGGGCAAAACAGGAGCAGACGGCUGUGGAGAAGCUGAAAACGCUACAGGCCGCGUUACGCGCCAACCCGAGACUGAUGAUGCAGAACAAGGCCUUCCCCCCCGCGGGGGGACUACAGGAGCCUUCUACGGAAAAUGUUGCGCGAGAAGCUGCUGACUCCGGGGCGGAAGAACUACAAGACCCUGGAGGUCCUCGUCGUGCAACAGUUGCCGGAGUUGUAGACGAGGAUAGUACGAAGCUGAUCGCUGUGGGUGGCGGUUCAAUAUUUCCGGCCCCGGGGAAAGGAAAGGAGGUCCACGGCCUUAUUUCGAAAAAACCGCCGGGCCGGGCCGUGUCGUACAAACGCGCAGUGCCUGACAAGGCGGCAGUCGGUACUAUUCAGAAUAGUAAAGCAGUGUCCUCCAGGCCGGACCGAUUGGCGACAACGACGCAUGUGCUAACCGUCGCGCCGAAGUUAUGCGGAAGCAAGCGAGAUGUUGGCCAGGGGGAUCUUCAAGAGUGGUUGUCAGAAAUUUGGAAUGAAUAUGAUUUGUUCAAUAUUUGCAUGAACGUGUACCAGUUCUGCUUUGGCAUAAUGGAGGUAGUAGAGCAUCAAAGUCGUUUUGCCGCUUCAAAAUCAAUGGCACAUGGAGGCGGGGGGCUCCUGAUCAAUGUAUAUAAAUAAUCAUUUCGUAAUUCUUUCCAUUUGACAUCACCCUAAAAAUAUUCCCCAGACCUGGCGACUGCUACGCAACUUCCAUAAACCUCCGGUGUUGCUCUUGCUCCCUCAGGGCAGGCGCGGCAGGUGAAACUGAACCAGUGGGGGAGGGAUAUGCAAGUAAGGCCGGCGCAACAGUUACAGGAAGGAAAAUUCCCACCACCACCACGACCAGUGCCUGUGAAACUCUACCAGUGGGCGAGGGAUAUGCAAAUAGAACCGGACGAACUACAACAAGGAAGUAGACCACCGCCAGUGCCUACACUACAGGACGGACAAGCUGACCCCCUGCUGGCAAUUUUUCCCCCGCUUGAUAAUGUGCAGGCACCGAGCUACACAAAUUUCACCUUUGAACAACGCAGGCAACUGACAGACCAGAGCACUAGAUAUCAAAUGUAAAAAUGUCUGGGUCUGGAAGAGUGCAACUUGUGAUGCUGCAUUUGGAUUCCAAGAAAAUCUGUAUUGCAUGAGUAGCAAAGGGAAUGCAAUUUUUGCUACACUGAGAAGGCAUUUGUCAUGCGGAAUAGGCAUCAAGAAGCCCUCAAAAAAUCUGUAUCGCCAGGGUAUGCAUCACAGACAUCGUGGCUCAUGCAAAACGUGCAUGACAAGUGUCAGAAUCUUCCAGACCCAGACGAAUGAGCAGUUGAUAGCACUACAGAGGAGAAACCGCUUUUGUUUCGCACCGUCGAUCAUCC